AUGGCGUCCAGGCGUUGGCAGAGCCGGCCUGUGAUUGGCUGCCUGAAGUCGCUGCUGCUGCUCUACUGCUGCGUCUUCUGGGUGACGGGCGUGGUCCUGCUGGCGGUGGGCCUGUGGGGGAAGCUCAUGUUGGGCCCCUACAUGUCUCUGGUGGGCCGCGGCUCGGCCGACGCCCCCUACGUGCUGACCGCCACCGGCGCCUCCAUCGUGCUGUUCGGCCUGUUCGGCUGCCUGGCCGCCUGCAGGGGGCGCCCCUGGAUGCUGAAGCUGUACGCCGUGUUGCUGUGUCUCGUCUUCCUGGCAGAACUGAUUGCAGGGAUCUCCGGGUUUGUCUUUCGCCACGAGAUUAAAGGCAGCUUCCUGAACACGCUCAGUGAUGCGGUGUUGAACUACAACGGUCUGGACGAGAGGAGCCUCGCUGUCGACGACGUCCAGCGCCGACUGCGGUGCUGUGGUGUGUUGAACUACACCAGCUGGUUCAGCAGUGUGUACUUCCCUGUGGGCGGCGUGCCGACCAGCUGCUGCGUCAGCCUCAGCGACUGCAGCAGCACCAACCUGAGGAACAGCAGCCUGCUGCCCACCAGGGUGCACGGCCAGGGCUGUUAUAAUCUGGUCACGUCCUUCAUUGAGACCAACAUGGGAAUCAUCGCCGGCGUCACGUUCGGCAUCGCCUUCUCACAGCUGAUAGGCAUGUGGUUAGCUUGCUGUCUGUCUCGCCUCAUCACUGCCAACCAAUACGAGAUGGUCUGACACCUGCUGCAGCAGAGGCGAGCGUUCGAACCCACGACCCUGACAAGGCUUUUACUUUGAAGCCACGACCCUGACGAGGCGUUUUCCUUUCUGACUGUUACAAAGUGAAGCUGUGAGGCUGCUGGAGGAGGGCGUGGCCCUGAAGCUGCUCUGCAUCGUUUACUGCUCUGUUUGUUUUGAACAGCCACACGGGAUUAUUUCAACAUUUAAAAAUCACAAAUCCGUUAGCAUCAACAAGUAGGCUACCUUGCUAGCUACUCUUAGCUUCUGUUAGUCUCUGCUAGCUUCUCUUAGACUCUGUUAGCCUCUGUUAGCCCCUGUCAGCAGCUGUUAGCCCCUGUUAGCUUUGUAAGCCUCUGUUAGCCCCUGUUAGCCUCUGUUAGCUUUGUUAGCCCCCGUUAGCUUUGUAGGCCUCUGUUAGCCUCUGUUAGCCCCUGUUAGCUUUGUAAGCCUCUGUUAGCCUCUGUUAGCCCCUGUUAGCCUCUGUUAGCUUUGUUAGCCUCUGAUAGCUGUCAUAACG